AUGGAGGUGGGUGACUGUUCGGGAUUCCAGAGGCUUCUCAGCUGGCAAUCUCAGUUCUUCAAUGGCACCAUCUACGAUGUUCGAGUUGUCAACGGCUUCACGGACAAUUCAUCGUUGGUAUUGGUAAUUUGGUGUUCCUCCCAACAUAAUGAUUUAGGCGGACGUGCCCUCCAGGCGGGUGAUGAUUUUAGUUGGAGUCUGAAAACCAACUUGUGGGCCACCACCCUUUUCCACUGCACCAUGAAAUGGGAUCAACGGAGGACAAGUUUUGAAGCCUUUCAGGUUCAGCGGGAUAGUCAGCGAUGUGCCCCUUUCAGGACCUGCUUUUGGCUGGUGAAAGAGGACGGAUUUUAUUUCAGCAAUGACCAAGUAAACUGGAAGAAGGAUUUUUCAUGGUCAUAG